CAUGAUGAUAAUCAGGAAGAUGAAUUGACUUUUAUCAUCAUUUAGUAUUAAUUAUUUUUAUUUAGUAAUUUAUGUGCUACCUUUAUUUUUGUUCCUAUGCUCACCUUAAUCUCUAUGGUCAGUUAGAGUUGGUUAACUAAAUUAUUCAUCAUUUGGUGUGUUUUCAUCAUUUUGUAUUCAUUAUUAUUGUGAAUCAUUUUGUAUCUUUUUUUUUUGUUUCUUGGUUUUCCAGUAAAUUAAACCAAAGUGAAAAGAGUGGGGCAAAGUGAAGAGCCUUCAAGGAAGGCUAGUAGGCAAGGUGAGGUGGUGGAGAAACCAAGCGAAACGAGUAAAAUUAAAGCAACUUCACAAGAAAAUGAGCCUCAACCUUUAGAGCCACAGCCACCGUCACAAUUGAGUAAUAAAAAGCUAUCACCAACACCAUCAACAUCAUCAUCAACAACAUCUCAUCAAAAGAAGGUUAAACAAAGUAAAGAAGGUGGUAAAAAGAGUAAACCUCUUAACAAAACUGGAUCUAAACAAUUAUUUGGUAUAACUAUUGAUUCUGGUGGUCCAAGUGGUGGUGGUGUUGGUAACGAUCAAAGAGACGGUUGUAUAAGCGGUAGUGGUGGUGGUGGUACUAAUACAACUCGUUCUCGUAGUAGUAGUCAAAGUAGUAUUAUUAGUCCAGUUACAAGUGAAACAACUCGAAUGAUGGAAAGAUUGGAAGGUGAUGAGAGCUCCCACACACGAACAAUUACCCCAAUCACUGGUAAUCAAGCACCUCGGUUAAUCUAUAUUACUGGAAAACACAAAUUCUGCUCUAAUCGUAUCUCAACAGGAAAAUAUAAUGUUUUCUCUUUUAUGCCUAAAUUUUUGUUCGAACAGUUUCGCCGUUAUUCAAAUGUCUUUUUCCUAAUCAUUGCCUUGUUACAACAAAUACCCAAUGUUUCCCCAACCGGACGUUACACAACCGCUGUACCUCUUUUCUCAAUCCUUGCUGUUUCCGCCCUCAAAGAGAUUUUUGAAGAUAUCAAACGUCACCGAGCUGAUAGAACAGUUAACCGUUCUAAAGCAUUGGUUUUGAAUAAAUUUACUAACCAAUGGGAGAUGAAAUUUUGGAUGGACAUUAUGGUUGGUGAUGUUAUUAAAGUGAAAAAUGAUGGCUUCUUUCCAGCUGAUCUACUGUUACUCUCUUCAUCAGAGCCUAAUGGUAUGUGUUACAUUGAAACCGCUAACCUUGAUGGUGAAACGAAUUUAAAAAUACGUCAAUCACUUGCUGCAACUUAUCAUUGUGUCACCAGUGAACAAUUGGUUAAUGAUUUAUCGCUUGCCUCAGUUUCCUGUGAACCUCCUAAUAAACAUCUCUAUGAAUUCCAUGGUAACCUGAAAGUUGGUGAUACUCUUUAUCCAAUUAAUCCUGAUCAAAUUUUACUUCGUGGAGCUAAAUUAAAGAAUACCAAUUGGAUUUUUGGUACCGCUUUAUAUACUGGUCAUGAGACGAAACUUAUGAUGAACAGUAUGUUACAAGCACCAUUGAAACAAUCUAGAGUUGAAAAGUUAACCAAUUCACAGAUUCUUAAUCUAUUUGGUAUUUUACUUUCAAUUGGAGCGAUUUCAACAAUAGCUAAUCUUAUCUGGAAUAAUGGUUCAGAAAAUCAUUGGUAUCUUGAUGAGAAAUCAAGCUCAUCCAAUUUCGCUUACACUUUUCUUACCUUUUUCAUCCUUUACAAUAAUCUUAUUCCCAUUUCACUUCAAGUAACCUUAGAGGUGGUUCGAUUUGUACAAGCUCAUUUUAUCAAUUCAGACCUGGAAAUGUAUUGCCCCGAGUCUGAUACUCCUGCUAUGGCGCGAACAUCCAAUUUAAAUGAAGAACUUGGCCAAGUACGUUACAUUUUAUCCGAUAAAACGGGAACAUUAACUCGAAAUGUUAUGGAGUUUCGGCAAUGUUCAAUUGCUGGUAUAAUUUUCUCAACCGAAGAAGCAGAGAAAAUGGUUAAUUUGAUCAACACUAGUCAAGAAAAGGGACAUUAUGUAAGAGAGUUUUUAACUCUAAUGGCAAUUUGUCACACUGUUGUUCCUGAGAAAAACUCUGAUGAAACUAGUGAUUCUAAUGGUAUCAAAUAUCAAGCUGCCAGUCCAGAUGAAGGUGCUCUUGUCAAGGGAGCAUCAAAUAUUGGCUUUAAAUUUACCACUCGAACACCCGAUUAUGUUUACAUCAAUGCUCUUGGUCGUGAAGAAAAGUAUCAAAUUUUAAACGUUCUUGAGUUUAACUCUGAAAGAAAACGAAUGUCUGUGAUAGUGAGAUGUCCUGAUGGGAAGAUUAAAUUGUACACCAAGGGAGCAGAUACCGUGAUUUAUGAUCGAUUGGUGAAUAAUCAGUUUGCUGAUGUUACAGUUGAACAUUUAAGUGUAUUUGCCACUCAUGGUUUACGAACUUUGUGUUGUGCAUUCUCUUUAAUUGAUGAGAGAACUUAUUCCGAUUGGAGUAAAGAGUAUCAAAGAGCAAUUAACGAUGUUUCAAAUAACCGUGAAGAAACAAUUGGACGUGUAAUGGAUAAAAUUGAGGCUGAUUUAAAUCUACUGGGAGCAACGGCCAUUGAAGAUAAACUUCAAGAAGGUGUACCUGAGACAAUUGAGACUCUACUCAAAGCAGGUAUCAAAAUUUGGGUACUUACCGGUGAUAAGCAGGAAACAGCGAUCAACAUUGGACAUUCAUGUAAACUUAUUCGUAACACCAAUCCAUUGAUUAUAAUCAAUGAAGAAUCACUUGAUGCAACUCGUGAAGCUAUAAGGGAAGUUGAACCAACUCCAGGGUCAGUUUUGGUUAUCGAUGGUAAAUCUCUUAAAUAUGCCUUAACCUCCGACAUUAAAGCUGAAUUCGUGGAUAUUGCAUUAAUAUCAACGGCAGUAAUUUGUUGUCGAGUGUCACCCAUUCAAAAGGCUGAGAUUGUUGAUAUGGUUAAAUCAAAGACCAAUGAAGUUUGUCUUGCCAUUGGCGAUGGUGCAAAUGAUGUCGCUAUGAUUAGAGCAGCAAAUGUUGGCGUUGGUAUUUCGGGUAACGAGGGUCUUCAAGCCGUACAUUCCGCUGAUUACAGUAUACCCCAGUUUCGUUUUCUUGCCCGUCUCCUUUUGGUCCAUGGUUCAUGGUCACUUUCCCGUCUCUGUAAAUUAAUUCUCUAUUCUUUUUACAAAAAUAUCGCCUUAUGCAUAAUUGAACUUUGGUUUGCAUGUGUAAGUGCCUGGAGUGGACAAACCAUCUUCGACCGAUGGACCAUUGGUUUGUACAAUGUUUUCUUCACAGCUCUUCCUCCCUUUGCCAUUGGUCUAUUUGAUCGUCAAUGUUCAGCUGAGACAAUGAUAAAAUAUCCAGGCUUAUAUCGAAUCGCCAAUGAAACUGUUUUCACCUUGAGACUUUUCUGGAUCUGGAUUGGAACGGCUAUUUGGCAUUCACUGGUUCUUUUCUGGUUAACUUAUGCUGUAAUUAGUAAUGAUUCCCUUUGGCCUCAUGGUCUAUCGGAUGGAGGUUACCUUGUCUUUGGUAACAUGUUAUAUACCUAUGUGGUUGUUACAGUGUGCCUGAAAGCGGGUCUUGAAAUAUCAGCCUGGACUUGGGUCACUCAUGCAACCAUUUGGUCAUCCAUUGGUAUUUGGUUUAUAUUUCUUGUAAUUUACUCCUAUUUCUGGCCCUCACUACCAAUUGCAGCGGACAUGCUGGCAAUGUAUAAAUUGGUCUUUUCUUCUUACAUCUUUUGGCUUGGACUUAUCAUAAUACCAUUUAUCACAUUGUUAUUUGAUAUUGUUUACAAAAUUGUUACUCGUACUUGUUACAAAACGCUGGCUGAUCAAGUUCUAGAAGAGGAAAAAAGUCUAGUCGCAUCGUCAUCCCAACAAACCCUAUUAACCGAGACUGCCCGAUUAAUACGUAAUGUUUUUGACAAAAAUCGAGUCCGAGGAAGAUCAAAAAGAGUCUUCCAUCUCCCUGUAAGCAAGAAAGUUAAUUAUAAAGAUCAACAUUAUCAACAUCUUAAUCGACAACAACAACAACAACAACAGCAACAGCAACAACUACACCAACAGAAACACAAGCAAAACCAUCAAAGGCAAUUAAUUACACCAAAGAAAAUAGUGAUAAAAAUGAAAACUCUUCCUCAGCUCAACUUGAAAUCCAAAAUUAAUCAACGUAAACAUGAGUAGCACAAAAGACGGAAAUGAUUCCAUCCCACCAACAAGACCCACCACAUAUAAACACACACAUACACACAAACACCUACCGAGACUAUUAUCACAAUCAAAUGAUAAUCAUGAUGAUUAGUUAAUCAUAAACGCACAACAGGGAAAGCGUUUUUUUUAUAUUUAUUAUCACAGUUUUGUUUUGUUGUUGUUAUUACAUUGGGUUAACUUACUAUUAUUUUCAUCAUGACAAUUUAUUGUUUCAUUUUUAUGAUUGUCCAGUUGAUGACAUUGAUAGUAAAUUGUUGGACUAUUAUUAUUAUUACUAUUUUUGAUUGUGUAUUACAAUUGAGAAAGCAACUUAAACCAGCUCAAGUGUAAAUCCUUUUCACAUUAAGUAUCAACCAUAAUUAACCCUCAUCAUUUAUCAAUCUAAUCAUAAUCCUAAUUAACCAUCUAACCUAAUUAUUUAGUUACCAAUGUAUCACUUUACUAGUAUUAUUAUUACCUUGCUAAUAAUUUGUUUUCUUGUUAAUCUUUUAGGAAAAUGGGUAGCAAACAAAAGUGAUUUACUUAAUUGUUUUCCAUUUAUUACUCAGGCAGAAGCAAUUUAAUCUCAAUCAACGCAUAAUCACAAUCAAAGAUGACAUUUAAUUAAUAAUCCAACAAGUUUAUCAAAGCACAAGGUCAAUUGGUUAUAACAAUUAUAAUUUAAAUCUCAAUCAAUUGUGAUGAUCAAAUAAUUGAUUUUUAUUUUACAAAAAAACAAAGGGAAAAAGGCUAAAGAGACUUAAUUGUUAGUUAAUUGUUGAUAGUAAACUAAAUUGUAAAUGUGUUUUGUGUGUGUUUAUUUGUGUAAUUGUCAAACAAAUUGAAAUGCAAUGAAAAUUAAGAUUUUGAUGAUAUAAAUCAAUCAUCUCAUUUUCCCCUUACAAUCAUAUUCACCCUAAAUUGUAAUUGAAUCAACAAUCAAAUCUAAUGAUUAUGAUUUGAUUGUUACUUUGAAUCCUUGCAACAAACAGUGAAUAUUGAUUUUACUGAUUGUGAUAAAUCAUAUCUUUGCUUCUUGAUCAUCUUCAUCUUUGUAUCAUCUUAAAUUUUUCUGUCAACAAUCAAUUGUAAUUACAAUCUACCUAAUUACCUCUUAAUUAUAUCAACCAGCAAUUAGUCAGGUUGUUAGUUAAUCUUAUCCUUGAUGAUCCUUAAUCCCACCUUACCUUAGUUUUUACCGCCUCUUAAUUGAUGAUUAAUUAAUCCAGAGCCCAAGAGAUUACCAAUUUUAAUCGCUCACCAAUUAACAGUAAUCAAUAACUUUCUCUACUUAUUAACAAUUGAUUUUCUUUCCCUUUCUCUGCCUAAUCUGUAUUUUUGGUUAAUCUUAAUUAUUAACAAUCGAUGAUGACAAUUUAAAUUGUUUCUAUUUCUCUUUAAUUAUAAAUGCAACAAACUUUUUGUCUAAA